CCCCACCGGGUUCUUGAUGGGGCUGCCCCUGAGAUCGCCUUGUUGAAAAGACUCAAGAUUGUAGCUUUUCCCGUGGCGAUCUAGGUGUCCCGGGCCAUCGAGAAAGACGUCAAGGCUCGGAGGUGCGUCUUCCUCGGUGAAGCAUGUCGCGAGACCCCGCAGGCACUUCCUCCUCCGCCUCCCGGGUCUGGCUGCUGCGAAGAUAGCCGCGGGGCCUUGCGGCGCCGGCAGUCGCAGGCUACCCUUAUGAGAGCCCCGUCGCCGGUGUGCGAUGUCCGGCUGGAGCUGCCGCUGCCCGCGCCGCCACCGCCGCCGUCAUCCCUGGGGAGUCUGAGUGAGGCUCGCGCCGGCCCGGCCCCGCGCCUCAUGGCCGCCAGCGGCGCCCUGGUGCCCGAUCGGCUGCGCCUGCCGCUCUGCUUCUUCGGCGUCUUCAUCUGCUACUUCUAUUACGGGAUUCUGCAGGAGAAGAUCACGAGGGGAAAAUAUGGAGAGGGUGCCAAACAAGAGAAGUUCACAUUUGCCUUAACCUUGGUCUUUAUCCAGUGUGUGGUCAAUGCGGUAUUUGCCAAGAUCUUGAUCCAGUUUUUUGACACUGCCAGGGUGGAUCGGACCAGGAGCUGGCUCUAUGCAGCCUGCUCUUUCUCUUACCUGGGUGCCAUGGUCUCCAGCAACUCUGCAUUACAGUUUGUCAACUAUCCAACUCAGGUCCUUGGCAAAUCCUGUAAACCUAUUCCAGUUAUGCUCCUUGGAGUGACCCUCCUGAGGAAGAAAUACCCGGUGGCUAAAUACCUCUGUGUGCUCUUAAUAGUGGCUGGAGUGGCCCUCUUCAUGUACAAGCCCAAAAAAGGGGUUGGAGCUGAUGAGCAUUUGGUUGGCUAUGGAGAGCUACUUCUGCUGCUGUCUCUGACACUGGAUGGACUGACAGGUGUCUCCCAGGAUCACAUGCGAGCUCAUUACCAAACAGGCUCUAACCACAUGAUGCUGAACAUAAACCUCUGGUCCACAUUGCUCUUGGGAGCUGGAAUCCUGUUCACUGGGGAAUUCUGGGACUUCCUUAGCUUUGCCGAUCGAUAUCCCAGCAUCCUUUACAACAUCCUUCUGUUUGGCCUGACCAGUGCCCUGGGCCAGAGCUUUAUUUUCAUGACAGUUGUGUAUUUUGGUCCUCUGACCUGCUCCAUCAUCACCACAACCCGCAAGUUCUUCACCAUCUUGGCAUCUGUGAUCCUCUUUGCUAACCCUAUCAGCCCCAUGCAGUGGGUGGGCACUGUGCUGGUGUUCAUGGGUCUUGGCUUGGAUGCAAAGUUUGGCAAAAGUUCGAAGAAGACGUCCCUCUAGGAAGAUCCUGGGAUUCACUACAAGGCUAUUUAACUUAUUUUCUCAAAUCUCAACAUCUCCUUGAAAACUGGACUCAACAAGGGGAGAGGGAGGGUUCUAGGUUUUUUUGUUUUUUUAAGAAAGAAAUCAUAGGUUCUAAAAAAGUAAUAUUGUUGGGUUUUGUUUUGUUUUUUUUUAAACAGGAAUGAGUAAUGACUUUUGUUUGUGAUAAGAUGGAGGGGGGCAGUAACCUAGCCUGCCUCAAUAAAAAAGAAGAGGGAUAUUUUGAUCAUU